AUGAAUAGUGACGAGAGUUUUCUAAAUGAAUUUUUGAAUGGAAGCGAUGAUGACGAUACAAUUGAACUUUUAGCCUUGAGACGUGCAAGAAAAAAGCAAAACGAACAAAGUGCAAGCUCAAGGAAAUCACGGAGCUAUAUUGACCGGGCCACUCUAGAAGGGCAUAACCGCUUAUUCAAAGAUUAUUUUGCAACGAUACCAGUUUAUUCAUCUCAAAUGUUUCGUAGGAGAUUUCGAAUGAGUCGUGAGCUAUUUAUGAGGAUUCAUUCGAGAGUGGAAGCACAUGAGCCUUACUUUCAACAAAAAAGAAAUUCUGCUGGCAAAUUAGGUUUAUCAUCACUUCAGAAAAUCACUGUAGCACUACGAAUUUUGUGUUAUGGGGUAGCAGCUGAUUUCAUGGAUGAAUAUAUACGAAUUGGAGAAACCACAACUAUAAAAAGUCUAAGGAAUGUUGGGCAGCAUCGAUUGUAUGCAUUGGAGGUGGAAAAAUUGUCCAACCGCAUGAAAAGUGGUGAGGGUUAUCCCGUUGACUACUCUAUCAAUGGUCACAACUAUAAUAUGGGGUAUUAUCUAGCUGAUGGUAUAUAUCCCCCAUGGGAAACAUUUUUCAAAUCAAUUCCUUUACCUAUGAAUCGAAAGACCAAACAUUUUACUGCUGCUCAAGAAUCUGCAAGAAAAGACGUUGAACGCGCAUUUGGUGUGCUCCAGGCUAGAUUUGCAAUUGUCCGUGGUCCAUCACGAUAUUUUGAUCGUGACACACUUAAUAAGAUAAUGAUGGCAUGUAUUAUUAUGCACAAUAUGAUCGUGGAGGACGAACGUGAACUUCAUCCACAACCAAAUAUCUCUGAAUAUGAACAAAUCUCUACAAGUCCUCUUGUUGUAGUCGUAUCACGCACUCAAACUCCAGAACUUAUGAAUUUUAUUCAAUCGCUUCACAAAAUCAAAGAUAGAGCAGUGCAUAACCAACUUCAAGAAGAUCUAGUGGAACAUCUAUGGAAUACAUACAUCGAGUCAUAA